GGGUUAGCUCAUGCGUUUCUCUCUUUACUACCUAUUAUCUUCUUCUGUUUCUUGCUUCUCUCUCCUGCAAAUUAAUGUGACUUUAUCUGCAAACAACUUGCAAAGAAUUUUAAUCUGUCAACACUAAAGAAAACCCAGAAAAUUGAUGUUUAAUUGAUAUUGAUAUAUUUAUAUAUAUUUUGACUCUUUCCACUUUAUUGGAUAAUUAUCAGAAAAGUUGGAGGUGGCCAAUAGAUAAGUUCCCAUUUUAGAGUGAGAGAUUUUAUAUAUAAUUACAUAGAGAGGAGAGUCACAGGGCAUUAAAAAAAGAUUUUACACCCCCCGCAGAGAGACUGAGAGAGAGAGAGAGAGAGAGAGCACCGAGAGGAAGUUGCUAUGGCUGCUAGGAGGAUAUCUAGUUUGCUCUCUCGUUCCUUCACUUCUGGUUCUGUUUCUGCUCUGUUUUCAGGAGGGAGGAAUUCUAGCCUUGGUAGAGGAAUCAGCAGAUAUAACAGUACCACUGCAGCUGCUACUGCUGCUGAGGGACCAAUAAUUCCUUCUGUAGCUGUGAAUUAUACUCAACUUUUAAUUAAUGGGCAGUUCGUUGAUGCGGCCUCAGGGAAGACUUUUCCAACAUAUGAUCCUAGGACUGGGGAAGUGAUCGCCCAUGUUGCUGAAGGUGAUCUUGACGAUAUAAAUCGGGCAGUCUCUGCUGCUCGCAAGGCAUUUGAUGAAGGACCAUGGCCAAAGAUGACUGCUUAUGAAAGGUCAAGGAUUAUGUUACGCUUUGCUGAUUUAAUUGAUAAGCAUAAUGAUGAAAUUGCAACACUCGAGACUUGGGAUAAUGGGAAACCAUAUGAGCAGGCUGCUAAAAUCGAAGUACCAAUGGUUGCACGUCUAUUUCGAUACUAUGCUGGUUGGGCGGAUAAGAUUCAUGGUCUUGUAGUUCCAGCUGAUGGGCAGCAUCAUGUGCAAACCUUGCAUGAACCAAUUGGUGUUGCAGGUCAGAUUAUUCCAUGGAAUUUUCCUCUUCUCAUGUUUGCUUGGAAGGUCGGACCAGCAUUAGCGUGUGGCAACACUGUCGUCAUCAAGACAGCAGAGCAGACACCAUUAACUGCUCUCUAUGCUGCUAAGCUACUUCAUGAGGCUGGACUUCCAGAAGGUGUUCUGAAUGUGAUUUCUGGCUUUGGUCCAACUGCUGGUGCAGCUCUUGCCAGCCAUAUGGAUGUGGAUAAGCUUGCUUUCACUGGAUCAACUGAUACAGGAAAAAUUGUUCUGGAGUUAGCAGCAAGAAGCAAUCUCAAGCCAGUAACUUUAGAACUUGGAGGGAAAUCCCCUUUUAUUAUUUGCGAGGAUGCUGAUAUUGAUAAUGCUGUUGAGCUGGCUCACUUUGCGUUAUUCUUUAAUCAGGGCCAAUGUUGUUGUGCAGGCUCUCGCACAUAUGUGCAUGAGCGUGUUUAUGAUGAAUUCGUAGAGAAAGCAAAGGCACGUGCUGUAAAACGUCUUGUUGGUGAUCCAUUCAAAGGGGGUAUUGAACAAGGCCCGCAGGUUGAUUCAGAACAAUUUGAGAAGAUACUGAAGUACAUAAGAUAUGGUAUUCAAAGUGGAGCUACACUUGAAACUGGAGGAGAUAGAUUUGGCACCAAGGGCUACUAUAUCCAGCCCACAGUUUUCUCAAAUGUGACGGAUGAAAUGCUAAUAGCAAAAGAUGAGAUAUUUGGUCCAGUUCAGUCCAUCUUGAAGUUCAAGGAUCUUGAUGAAGUUAUACACAGGGCAAAUAGCACUCGCUAUGGGCUGGCUGCAGGGGUGUUUACACAGAACAUAGACACUGCUAACAUCUUGACCCGAGCAUUACGAGCAGGAUCAGUAUGGAUCAAUUGCUUUGAUAUCUUUGAUGCCGCCAUUCCUUUCGGAGGAUACAAGAUGAGUGGAAUUGGAAGGGAAAAGGGGAUUUACAGUCUUAACAAUUACUUGCAAGUGAAGGCUGUGGUUACUCCCUUAAAGAAUCCAGCAUGGUUAUAGACCCUUGAAUUAAGUGCACCACUUUGUUCUAUUCCUGCUGCAUAGCUGAAAAUUAAAGGGUAGAUUACCUGAAAAUAUGAGACUGCCAAUGAAUGUUGAUCUGAUAGAUGUAUCUAUGAUUUCAGAAGAGAAGGGGGUGAUGAUGACGAGGAUAAGAACAUCAGGUUUCGAUCUUUUGGUUUUUAUUGCAUCUUUGUAAUAAAAUAAUUCAGCAAUUAUGGUUGGUUAAAAUAAAUCUGGUUGCGUUGGUAUAUCUUCAACGCUUCUGCUGCUA